CCCUAAUCUUCUUGUUUUGUUGGGGAGAAGCUCUGUUCUUCGCAGCUAUGGAUCCCAGCAAGUUUGGAUCGACGCUCUCCGACCUGGCGUUUGGAUCCGCCAUGGGAGCUGCGGCGCGGGAUUACAAGAAGGAAAUGCUGGCGGCAGAGAAGCAAUCGACGAAGGAGGCGGCGCCGGAAGUAGAUCUGGACGAGCUCAUGGAUGAUCCAGAGCUGGAGCGGCUCCAUGCCGAUAGGAUUGCAUCACUCAAGAGGGAAGCUGAGAAGAGGCAAGUUUUGCAAAGGCAGGGACAUGGAGAGUACAGAGAGGUAGCCGAAGAAGAUUUUCUCGGAGAAGUUACUGGCAGUGACAAGGUUGUGUGUCACUUUUACCAUCGCGAGUUCUUCCGCUGCAAGAUCAUCAACAAGCACCUGAAAGCUCUAGCUCCCAAACACUUUGAGACAAAAUUCAUUAUGGUGGAUGCGGAGGUGAGGUUUUUCGUUCCUGUCGGUCAGUUCCUUGAUUCAUUUAUCCCCGUACAGAAAUGUCCAUUCUUCGUUUCAAAGCUCAAGAUCAAGACGCUGCCGUGCGUCAUCUUAUUCAGGAACGGCAUUGCAAGCGAGAGAAUUGUCGGGUUUGAAGAACUGGGAGGCGUGGACGAUUUUCCCACAGCGACGCUCGAGAAGCUCCUGAUCAAGAAAGGGAUCUUGAUAGUUCCAGAGAAAAAGGUGGAAGACGACUACGGACAGACAAGGAUCCGCACGACGACGUAUGAAGACAGUGACUCGGAGUAGACCAAACAAAAAAUAAAUUCGAAUCUGGUACCACCACACGUCUUCGGGAAGAGCUACAAGGAAUUGUUCGUCAAAGUUACAAGCACUUCAACGUUUUGCCUCAAGAAGAUCGGAACUCCAAACGUCCGGGGAAUUACCAAAGGUUAGAGAAUAUGUACGUUGUUUGAUCUUGGGCUUAUUGGAUUGGUGUAGCAUAAGAAUCACGCAUGGGCAAAAGUUUAUAUCUUUUGAUCGAAUCGAAGGAAUGUGAAGCGGCAAAGCAUAGAGGAAACAGUGAUUGAAAGGAAAAUGAAAGCUUCCACUGAAAAAAAACCUUUGGAUCGUCCUUGUCUAUAAAUUCCAUAGGUAGUUUUUUCCUUCCAAGAAAUCUCUUUAGCAAAAGAGAGGAGAGCUCUCUUUUUUAGACGAGGGAAACGCGCGCGCGAGAGGGAGAGAGAAUGAGAAGCGCUAGUGGCCGGCGCAAGCUCCAUCUCCAUCACGACUACUACGACGAUUACGAUCGAUCCAGGGCGUGCCGGCGAUGCUGCUGCAUUGGAUUCCUCCUCGUCGUCGUCCUAGCGGCGAUCGUCGCGCUCGUCCUCUUCCUCGUCCUGCGCCCCAGGCGGCCAGAUUUCUCCCUCCAGGACGCGCGCAUUGUCUCGUUUCGCGUCGAGCAGCCCGCGCCGCUCACCACUAGCGGCAUGGCGGUGCUGCUGUCCAUGGAUCUGGAGCUCACGCUGGCGGCGCACAAUCCCAACAAGGUCGGGAUCAGGUACUCGGCGACGCGGAUCUACAUCUACUACAGGCGGAAUUUCGUGGGAUUGGCGGUGGCUCCAGCGUUCUAUCAGCCGGCGCGCAGCAGCGGGCUCGUCCGGGCGUCGAUCGUCGUGGACAGGGUCAAUGUGCUCCAGGCGACGGCGGAGGAUCUGCUCCAGGACGCGGCCAGCGGGAUUGUGAAGCUGGAUCUGCGCGGGAAGAUCCCGGCGAGGAUCGUCGUGCUGGGAAUCCAGACGCCCCGGAUCGAGGUGGGGAUUUCUUGCGAGAUCGCUGUGAGCCCGCGGCAACAGCAGCUCGUGAGCAAGCAGUGCGGGGUGAAGAACGUUAAUCUCGACUAGGUAGACGUGUCAAAAAAUUUUAACUCAAUCUCGAGCUUAUAAAGGUCUCGCGUUCGAUUCC